AUGUUAUCUAACGAAGAAUUUAGUUGUCACGAAACAAUAAAAUCUUUAAUAGAAAAUAAAAACUCUGAAAAUUUAUGUUCCGAAGGUUGUCAAGGAUUAUGCUAUAACAGAAAUUAUGAACGAAUUCAGAGAAAACGAUGUUGUGGAAAAGGAUUUUGUGGAUGUUGUGAUUUAAAAGUUCACGUUUCAAAAUAUUCAUUAUUAAAUGAAGUAGUUAAUGUUCAAAACAAUUUAAUAGAUAAUAUAAAUGAUGAAAAUAGAAAUGAAUUCUAUGUCAAAACUUUAACAAAAGAUAUAAUUGGAAAUUCUGAUGAAGAAAUAGAUAUUUUAAAUAGUGUUUUUACUAAUUGA